AUACAACAUCAUUUCUGUUUAGAUAGUAGAAGGUUAAGGUUAAGCUAGCGUCACACAGAAGAAGCAAGGCUACCGAAGGACAUUGCCAAGGUCGUUGCCAUCAUAAUCAUGUCUUGUGAGCCGAAAAACGAGUUGACAGCUGAAUCAGCUUGGCUAGAUCUAAAAGCCUACUAUGACCAUCAUGGAUCUUAUUUACAUAUGGAUGAAAUGUUCAAAAAUGAUCCAGAUCGGUUUAAAAAAUACAGUGUUACUUUGGAGGACUCCAAUGGCAACUUGUUGUUGGACUAUUCCAAGAAUCUCAUCAAUGACACUGUUAUGGAGAAACUGAUUGAGCUGGCCAAGCAGCGCAAAGUUGAUACCAUGAGAGAUGCUAUGUUUAAUGGUGAAAAGAUCAAUACAACUGAAAACCGAUCAGUCUUUCAUGUAGCCUUGCGUAAUCAAAGUAACCAACCAAUGAAAGUUGAUGGUGAAGAUGUAAUGCCUGGUAUCCAAGCUGUUCUUAAGCAUAUGAGAGAGUUUACAGACUCUGUGAUUCAAGGGCGAUGGAAAGGUUACACCGGAAAAGCCAUCACAGAUGUGGUAAACAUUGGCAUUGGAGGCUCAGACUUAGGUCCCUUGAUGGUAACAGAAUCAUUGCGGCCAUUCCAGGUUGGACCUAAUGUGCAUUUUGUUUCUAACAUUGAUGGUACUCAUUUAGCCAAGACAUUGAAGAGUUUGAAGGCUGAAACAACCUUGUUCUUAAUUGCAUCAAAGACCUUCACCACUCAGGAGACUAUAACAAAUGCAAACUCUGCAAAGAAGUGGUUUUUGGACAACUGCAAAGAAACUAACCAUGUGGCCAAGCACUUUGUUGCCCUUUCAACCAACAAGAAACUUGUCACAGAAUUUGGAAUUGAUGAGAAAAACAUGUUUGAAUUCUGGGAUUGGGUUGGAGGCAGAUAUUCUGUUUGGUCUGCUAUUGGGCUGUCUGCUGCUCUGUUCAUUGGUAUGGACAAUUUUGAGAAGUUUUUGAAGGGAGCUCACUUUAUGGAUCAACAUUUCAAACAGGCUCCUUUUGAAAAAAAUGUAUGUAUAAUUGUUAGUAGUAGUUCAUAUGAUCAAUACAUGCACCGUUUCCCAGCAUAUUUCCAACAAGGGGACAUGGAAAGCAACGGCAAAUCUGUAACACGCACUGGUCAGCGGAUUAAUUAUAAUACUGGACCAAUAGUGUGGGGAGAACCUGGUACCAAUGGACAGCAUGCUUUCUAUCAACUUCUUCACCAAGGAACCCGCUUAGUUCCUUGUGAUUUCUUGAUACCAGUAAAAACACACAACCCCAUUGGUGAUGGAAUUCAUCACGAGAUUCUUCUGUCUAACUUCCUGGCACAAACUAAAGCUUUAAUGAAGGGAAGAAAAGAGGAUGAGAUUCUUGAAGAACUGAAGAAAUCUGGAAUGGCUGAGGAUCGCAUUAAAAUGAUUUUGCCCCAGAAGGUGUUCAAAGGCAACCGACCUACCAAUUCUAUAGUGUUUUCCAAACUGACUCCAUUUAUGCUCGGGGCUCUGAUUGCUAUGUACGAACAUAAGAUUUUCGUGCAAGGAAUUGUUUGGGACAUCAAUUCUUACGAUCAAUGGGGAGUUGAACUUGGUAAAGUCUUUGCUAAGACAAUCCAGCCGCAAUUAAAAGGUGACGAAGCUAUUACCAGUCAUGAUGCUUCUACAAAUGGCCUGAUUAGCUUCAUUAAGAAGGAGAGGAAAUAAACCCCAAACCUGGUUCCCAUUGCCCUCAGUAUCUUCAUUUAACUUAGAAAUUAAUUUUUAGGUCUUUACAUCAACAAAAUAAUUAAUAGAUCUUUACAUCAAAUUAAAAAAUUGAUGUAAUGAUCAUGCUACUGUUGCAUUGUUACCAGAAUGUACUAUAUAUAUAUUAAAGCAAUUCUAAUGGAGCAGUUUCUCAGAGUAUGUAUAUGUAUAUAUCCAUACAUUAUAUAUAUAUAUAUAUAUAUAUAUAUAUAUAUAUAUAUAUAUGUAUGUAUGUAUGUAUGUAUGUAUGCAAAACUAUGUUUCCCACACAAAAUAAUUGCAGCUGUGAAUUUUGUCCUUCAAUAAAGUUGUUUGCUCUCCUUUUGGGAUGUAUGGAUCUCUA